AUGAGUCGCACCAGCAACGCAUCGAGCCCCGACGUGGAUAAGACGAGCCCUCCGUCCGCCGACGGGUUCUUGGCCGACGGGUCGGAGAAGUUCCAUGCGAUGCUGGCCAACUACCUCGAAAUCGCGACCGGAAACGUGUCGCUUGCCGCCGCAGUCACAGUCGCGACCAAAGACAACGAGCUUCCGACUCUGUUCAACCAUACCAGGAAGUCUGUCAAGGGCUUGACCAGGUCAUCCAAACACGUCGUGCGCAAAGACAUCCUGCACUCGGUAAGCGGGGUGUUCAAGCCCGCUACCAUGACCCUCCUCCUCGGCCAACCGAGCUCGGGCAAGUCGUCGCUCAUGAAGAUGCUGGCCGGCCGCUUUCCUAUCGAGAAGAACAUUGCAUUCGGCGGCGAAAUUUUGUACAACGGAUCGGAUCGCGCCGAAGUGUUGUCCCAGCUGCCGCAAUUCGCCUCGCACAUGGGCCAGCGCGACAACCAUUACCCGACACUGACGGUCCAGGAAACGUUGGCCUUUGCCCUUCAAGCAUGCAGUGGCGGUCGAGUUCCCGAGCGUGUGAUGGACUCGUUAAAGCAUGGCACCCCCGAAGAAAACGCUGAGGCGACACAGAUCUUGACGGCGCUGUACCAUGUGUACCCAGAUGUCGUCGAGCGUCAGUUGGGCCUUAGCAUGUGCAAGGACACGAUUGUCCGCAACACCAUGUUGCGCGGCGUGUCCGGCGGCGAGCGGAAGCGUGUGACGAUUGGCGAAAUGGAGUUUGGGAUGAAGCAAGUCUCGCUCAUGGACGAAAUCUCGACCGGGCUGGACAGCGCCGCCACAUACGACAUCAGAGUCAGCUUUGACCUGUUUGACGACGUCGUCGUGAUGAACAAAGGCCACAUCUUGUACCAUGGCCCGUGCAACCGAGCCCUGCCCUACUUUGAAUCGCUCGGGCAGUGCCUACAUUCCAAAAUCCGUUUGCAAAAUCCGUUUGGCCCGAGUGCGAUGCAACUCGUACGGCGCCAGAUGCAAGUCAUGAUGCGAAACACGGCAUUUGUCAAGACGCGAGCGUUCAUGGUGGUCGUGAUGGCGCUGCUGUACUCGACAACGUUUUACCAAGUCGACGCGCAGCUAGCCCAAGUCAUGUACGGCGUGAUCUUUCAAGCAUUGCUGUUCUUGGCGCUCGGCCAAGUCGCGCUCCUGCCGGCCAUCUUGGAAGCGCGCGACAUCUUUUGCAAGCAGCGUGGCGCACACUUCUUCCGCACGCUGUCGUUUGUCCUGGCCCAAACGAUCACGCAAAUUCCAUUCAGCGUGGCGGAAGCGCUAACGUUUGGUACAAUCAUUUACUGGAUCUCCGGGUUCGUUGCCGACGUCGGCGCGUUCGUCGUGUACGAAUUGAUCUUGCUCUUGACCAACAUCCUGUUUGCGUCGUGGUUCUUCUUUGUCGCGGUGGCGUCCCCCGACCUCCACGGUUCAUCCUAG